CUAUCCUAAUAUGACUCAAAGACUACUAACCAUAUCUGAUAAUAAUCCUAAUAAAUCGUGUUUCCAUCAUCCCCUUCCCUUUAGACCAACCUUGCCCUCAAGGUUGACAAACUUGACCCACAUUCCCACCUUGAUGUCGCAACUGACACGUUGAUUCCUCCAUUUCUUUCGCUUCCUUUUCUUCCAAUUAUGCACCAUCCCUUCCCAAGCCAUUGAGCCUAGUGGAUAGCCUGUAUGUGUCCCAGGCCUGCUCAGAAAACAAUGCUCAACCUUCGUUUCAAAUACAUUGACCCUUUUCUUGUUCAGCCUGCACCCAAGACCUUGCCCAGCCCACCUUCCUCCUAGUUUCAGCUCGCAACUCCACCUUCUCGUGGCCCACUUCUUUUUCAUCCGCUUUGACCCGUCAAGGCCUACAUGAGUCGACUCAAAGUUUGAUACGCCUGACCGGGCAACCCAGGCUCCUACACAACCCAUCUAACCCGACCUUUGUUGACCCAAGGUUGGCGAACUAGGGUUUUGAUGCUGAAAGAACUCGUCGUCGCCCUCCUCCAUCUCAUUCUUCGACUCCAACAUCUCCUUCAGCGGCGGCAAAGAGAUUCCCCGACAGCAAGUCCAGUCGGCUUCAGCCUCCAUCCCCUCGUCGAACCCGACCAACAGCUCGUCGCUUCCUUCUUAUCCCUCCUUGGCAUCGAGCCCACCUCCAAGCGAAUAAGAGACAUGACCAGGUCGCAUCUCAUCCCCGAUCACACCUCCCCGUGAUUCGAAGCCAUCUCCAGUCGCUCGACCUUAGCCGUCGCCUCCGCGCCAAAAACCGCUUCGGUCGGAAUCUCUUCCUCCACCUCUGCCAUCACCGCGAAAACAACGUCAUUCGGCCCUGCCUUGGGUCUCGCUUUAGUCCGUCAAGUCGCAAGGGUGGCCGUCGAGCCGCAAACCGCCGCCUUCCUCUCGGCCCAGGUAGCCUCGAGAGUCGCCUCUAGCUGGUCCAGCAGUUCCUUAAUGGUGAGUCAUGAUGUACUUAUCGGAGCUUUGACUGGUAGGAACCCGACCGUGGUUGAGAGUUGUGACGAACUCGCUCUCGGAACCAUGCUCUGAUACCAAUUGAUAUGAACAAAGUUCCUGUUGGUUUGAUAUUUGCAAUUUAAGAUUUAUACGAACAAACUUAGUGAUUGAGAUUUGGGAAAGAAAAAGAGAAUGAUAGAGAAUUGGCCUAGUCCUUAGAGAGAUUGAGAAUGAGAAUUGAGAGGAUAUAGUGAUUAGGGUUUGAGAGACUUUUCUUAAUAUUCUUCUUAUUGAUUACAAAUGAUUCACAAAGUACAUAUAUAUAGGGAAUUGCUGGAAAAACCUAAUAGACUAUCCUAAUAUGACUUAAAGACUACUAACCAUAUUGAUAAUAAUCCUAAUAAUAUUAUAAUAACAUAUUAAGAGUUCCAUUGUGUGACCUUUUGUAUCCAUUUCUUGUGUGAAAUACAUAUUAAGAGUUCCAUUUAGGGAUGACAAAAAUAUCUGUAACUGUGGAUAUCCGCCCGAAUUCGGCCUAAUCGGGUAGGGUAGAACCCGAACCCGAAGGACAUUUAGUGGGUAUGGGUAAAAUCCGAACCUGAAUAUUGCGGGUAAUGGGUGGGCAUGGGUUUCUCACUAUCUAACCCGAACCCGCCCGAUUAUACACAUGCAUAUGUAUUCUGUCUAGAAAUAAUCAUUUUUUCUCUAACAUAUUUUAUAUUUAGCAUAUAAAUAUAAUAUUUUCAUGAAAUUGUGUUGUUUUAAUUAAUUUUCUUCAUUCUAGUGAAUUAUUGUCGUACUUUUCUUUUUACGUAAUGUGAGAAUACGUGUGAAUGUUAACAUAUUGGUUAUAGUUAUGAAGAAAAAUCAUUACCCAUGGAUAACCGCGGAUACCCGAAACCCGAAUGGUAUGAACUUGGUUUUAAUUUUCUACUCGUUUCACAUGUGGGUAUGGGUAAAACCCGAACUACUUUGAGUAGGGUAACGGAUAUGCACUAUCCGUCCCCGACCCUACCCAUUGCCAUCCCUAGUUCCAUUGUAACAAAAAUUGAAGACCAAAUUGUUAUGUAUAAUCAUAUACUUCCAGCUGGUUCUUGACAUAGCAGGUUACAGCAAAUCGAUUUGAUUGGUUUGAGUAAUCCUUUUCCCCUUCUUUUCCCUUUAGGGGGUACCCUUUUCCACAGUUUCCCACUCGUAGUUUGGGCAGGGAUGCUGCCCUACACCUAGCUACUGCCCGGCUAAGGGGAAUAUGAACACACCACAACACAGAAGAGAAGAUCGAGAUGAUUUCAUUUGUGGCAUAAAAUCUGGGAGGAGAUGCCGUUGAAAUUGGGCACACGAUUCCGUCGUCCCGCCUCCUCCAGCCCUUCCCCUGUCCCCUCCACAACUACUUUUUCGUCAACCUCUUCUUGAAAUUGGAAGAAAAGCAGAGCAGGGGGGAAAAAGGCAGCUCAAUUGUAAAAAGCAUCACCUUUUGCCUUUUGGGUUUCCCUUUUUAUUAUUCUUCUUUUGCCAUCUAUCUAUCAACGAUCCUCAAUGCUUACUUUCCUACAUUGCUAUGCUCCGGAUCGGAUGAGAUCCAGACUUCUAGUAAUUAUACUGUUCGCCACCCACACCUAUGACACCUCAGAAUUGUUCAAUCCAGGUCAGGUAAGGUAUACCGAAUGAUCAGAAAUAAGCUUCAAUUCCUUUC